CAUUUCCCAUUCAUUAUGAACGUCUACAGUGGAUCUAAUCUACUGACCUCAACUUUUUUGAGCUACUCCCUGUUUUGUUUACUUCUAAGUUCAUUCAUUUCAAUUUGUAUAUUUUCUGCUGUUUAAAAAAUACAACUAUAUGUAACAAGUUCUAAAACAGAAAACAGUUAACAUUGUUUGCAAACUCUAAAUUAAGUUGACAAUAAAAGUUUAUUAAAACACCCUAAAUCAGCUGCAGGACACUGUAAAGAAUCGAACCUGCUAAAGCAGGCAUACCAUUACCAGUGCCUUUAGUUUUUGGACUAUACAUGAAGGUGAAGCCAAACUGCCGUUCAACUUUAUUACUGUCUGCGGUUCUGCAAUGUUUGGUCUACUUUUGUACUGAACAACAAUGUUUAACAUCUGGAUGCUUCAGUGUUUCUGCAGCAGACCGAGAGCUUUCUCAUCCCGGCGCUGUUUUCUCCUGUUGGAAUGAAAUUCUGUCACUGUUCAAGUUUACCUGAACUCUCCGCUAGUUGGAGCACAACUUCUGGUCCGCUUUCUUGAAAACAAGAACCUUCCCACUGAGGGCUCCUGGCUGCCUCAGUGGCCCCAGCUGGACAAGGUGCCUCGAUGCUCAAGACACUUUCAUUAAAAGGUUUCUUUCACUCUGUAAAUUCAGCCGCUCUUUAGUGAGGGGGUGAGCUCAGCCCCCCAUGUUCCAGGUCCAGGAAACACCCCUGAUGUGGACUGUGUUUGGAUCGAACGUCGUUGCAGCUGCGCGCUCCCGCAGCAGAGGGCUCCGCCGCUGUCCGCGGGAGCGCGCAUGUCCAUGCGGUAGCUACAAUAAAAGAGCGGCGGGGAGUCAGUCCCCCCCAUCUGUGGAGCCCCCCCUCUCUUUGUCCCGCGCGCCUGCGCUCAUUUUCUGAAUGAAGACCCUCACCCCGCAGUUUCCUGGCGGGUUGGAGACUGAUGCUGCGGGGACAGGCGGGGGGUGGGGGGUGCUGAGGCGGCGGAGCUCAUCCAUGUGGGGGCUUCAUGCUUCAGCCACAUGACGCGCUCUGCGCCUGCGCUCCAGGUCCCUUCAUUCUUCAGCCCCCCUCUCUUUGGGGUCCCGCUCCGCUUCGGGUCUCGAACCUCCGCCUUUGCCGAGAGGAGCACCAUGCCGGAGUGCAUGUCGGUGUCUGAGUUCGUGGAGGAGGUUCAGGAGGACUGGAGCUCCCCUACCACCUCCUCCUUCACCUCCAAGAUGACCAGCUGCAGGAACACCGUCUACCUGCUGGAGGAGGUUCUGGACAGCGACCGGUUGGUGUUGCAAAAGAUGAAGAAAGCUGCAAAAUCCAAGUUCACGUCAGGACAAGAGCACGUGUCUCACCUGGAGCAGUACAUCAACUCCAUGGAGAAACUCUCCGUCAACUGUCAUUCAAAUGGGGAGACGGAGGUUGGCUCCGCAUUCUGCCGCCUGGCAGAUUUCUCCAAAGAGUUCCUCUCUCCCAUGAAGAACCUGUUGAAGAGCAUGCUCCAUAACAUCAACUUCUUCCUGGACUCUCUGGUUAAAGGAGACCUGCGUGACAUCAAGGGGGACCUGAAGAAGCCGUUUGAAAGAGCAUGGAGGGAUUACGAGAGCAGAUUCAAACAGGUGGAGAAGGAGAAGCGGGAGUUGGCCCGACAGUACGGGAUGGUGAGGAGUGAAGUGAGUGGAGGGGAAAUCGCAGAGGAGCUGGAAAAGGAAAGACGCUCCUUCCAGCUGUCCAUGUGUGAGUACCUCAUCAAGGUAAAUGAGAUCAAGACAAAGAGAGGAGUGGACCUCCUGCAGAACCUCAUCAAACACUACCACUGUCACAACAACUUCCUGCAGGAAUGCGUCUCCACCACCCACAGGUUGAAGCAGUACAUGGAGGAGCUGAACGGAGUCCUGAGCACGGUGAAGCAGCGGCAGGAUGAAGAGAAGAAGCAGCUGUGUGCUCUCAGAGACCAGCUGCGACCCGUGGUCCACACGGAGCAGGAGUCUGUGCAGAUCCAGACCUACAGCAUGCAUCAGCUGCUGGGAGACAAACAGUACGGAACAGAGAGGUCCGGCUUCCUCUACAAGAAGAGUGAUGGUCUCAGGAAAAUGUGGCAGAAGAGAAAGUGCUCGGUUCAUAACUGUUACCUGACCAUCGCCCAUGCUACUCCGAACAAACCUCCAACCAGACUCAACCUGCUCACCUGUCAGGUCAGGCCCAGCGUGGAGGACAAGAAAUGCUUCGAUCUCAUUUCCCAUAACCGGACCUACCAUUUCCUGGCUGAGGAUGAGGCAGAAUGUGUGGCGUGGAUCUCCGUGCUCAGCAACAGCAAACAGGAAGCUCUGAGCAUGGCGCUGGACGGCUGCAGCCGAGCGGGCGAGGAGGAAAGCAGCGUGGAGGAUCUGACCCGGGCCAUCACCGACGACAUCCGCCGCAUGCCCGGAAACAGCAGCUGCUGCGACUGCGGAGCUCCAGAUCCUGGGUGGCUUUCCACAAACCUCGGGAUUCUGACCUGCAUUGAAUGUUCUGGGAUCCACAGAGAGAUGGGGGUCCACGUCUCCAGGAUCCAGUCGCUGAGUCUGGACAGUCUGGGCACCUCGGACCUGCUGCUUGCUCGGAACGUCGGGAAUUCUGGUUUUAACGAAAUCCUAGAGGCGAACCUGCUGAGUCCGUCCCUGAAGCCGUCUCAGCACAGCCAAAUGGGGGAGCGCAAAGACUUCAUCCUGUCAAAGUACCAGGAUGUUCAUUUUGUGAGGCGAAGUCAGAGCUCUGCUGCAGCUCUGCGGCUUGGCCUGCAGGAGGCGACCAAGAGUUGUGACAUCUACAGUCUGAUCCAGCUGCACGCCCAGAGGGCGGACCUGAGCCAGCCUCUGAACACGCACAUACAGGAGAAAGGUGAGACGGCGCUUCAUCUGGCCGUCCUGUUAGCCGACCGCACAUCUCUCCACAUCCUGGACUUUUUGGCCCAGAACUGUCCGAAUGUGGACGCACAAACAUCGGCGGGAAACACGGCUCUGCACUACAGCUGCCUGCACAACAAGAGUGACUGUGUGAAGCUGCUGCUCAGAGCGCACGCCAACACACACACCAAGAACCACUUAGGAGAAACGGCUCUGGACGUCAGCCGACGGCUGAAACACACCGCCUGUGAGACUCUGCUGGACCAGGCCCAGUCCAACCAGUUUGACCAUCACGUCCACGUGGAGUACGAAUGGAGGCUCCGCCAUGAGGAUCUGUUUGACAGCGACGAGGACUUUGAGGAAAAGAAUGGUCCUGUAAAGAAGGAGCGCUGCUUCUCCUCCUCUUCCUCCUCCUUCACCCCCUCCCUGUCCUUCUCCUCCCGUCCGUUCAUCUUCAGUCAGUCCUCCCUCUCCUCCUCCUCCUCUGUCGCGCCUCUGUCGUCCGGAGCGCCGGGUGGGGGGUUGUUCAGCGUGGGGAGGAGGCUGGCCAUGGCCAUGGAGCUCCACAGCCACCCGUCCAGCUCAGCCCCCAGCCCUCCUCCUCCUCCCCCAUGCUCACCUGCCCCACAGCUGCCUCCCAGAGUCAAAGCUCCAAAUGUUCCUCCUCCUCCUCCUCCUGCAGCUGGAGCCAAUGGAGGGAGGGAGGGAGAUGAGGAAGAAGGGGAAGUCUUCCUCCCCAUGACAACCAACAGAGGAACCACCCCCCCUGCCAUCGCGGUUCGACACAAAAGGACCUGCUCCGAGUCGAAUAAGCACGAUUAUGGAGCACCCAGCAGCCCCCGGAUCUUCAGCGGCCCAGACUCCUCCUUCAGCCCCGCUUCUCCUCGCAGCCUGAAGGCGGAGCGAGCGGAAAGAGGAAUUCGUCGGGCAGAGAGUGACAGCGCCUCGUCCAGCUACGUCCACCUGGUCACCAAAGCCCCGCCCAACGGCACUCCUGCUCACCAAUGCCCUCAGAGCUUUGACGGUGACGUCAGAGGCCCCGCCCCUCUGCCCCUUCCUCGCCGAUCAUUGAGGCCUCGCGGAGCCGCUGGUCGGCGAGCUCAGGCGCUGUACGACUGCCAGGCGGACCACCAUGACGAGCUGAGCUUCACAGAGGGACAGGUGCUGGUGGUGGUGGGACAGGAGGACAGCGACUGGUGGCUUGGAUACUUGGAGGAGAAACCGGACCAGACGGGUUUGUUCCCGUCCUCCUUCGUCCAGCUGCUCUCGGACUGAGCCGAACCAGGAGCCAGAUCAGGAAGCACCCAGACUCACAACAGAACCGAGGGAGCAGAAGCCGGAUCACAUCAGACUCUGUACUGGUACCUGGACUCAGACAAAGCCUGCCUGAGGUCCAGCCUCCUUCUGUCACCAGAUGUCCUCGUUACCAUGGAAACACCACGAGUAACUUUUGAGUUCAGACUUCAAGCUGCUCAGGAUGACAGACUGAGGCUCGUGUUCCCGAAACUUUUAUUCUAAGCACAAGAUGGAACUUUAUUUUGAAAGGAAGAGAAAGCCCUUCCUGUGUUGUUUUAAAGGGAAGAAAAGGCACAAAACCCAGCAGCAGCUUCUCCUCAAACUCACAGCCAGGAUGUUGAUGGGCCACGCCAAAGCACAAAGGAUUCUGGGAUACUGCAGAACAAAGCUCAACAUUCAGGUUGAAUCCAGAUCUGAUUCAGCUGAUAACUUCUGCAGAAGUUCUCCUGGAUUUGUUUCAGUGCGGCAGAACUUUCCUCACAGCUGCAGGUCCGGAACCAGCAAAGUUCAAACAAUAAAACAGAUUCUUUUCUGCUGUUGAUUCUGUUUUCAUUAACACCAGUUUUAAAGAAGCUGUUUAUGUAACUG